GGAACAGCGUUAGUCUCGCGGAGCACAUUGCACGGUGUACACGGUAAAGCGUGGACAAGUACGAUUAAACAAAAAGAAAAAGAAAGAAAGAAAGAAAGAAAAAAAAGCGAGCCAUCGUGCAAAGAACGUUAGAGAGACCGGGUUUGACUCGAAUAUUAUAAUAAAUAUAUCCACGUGAAACAUUGAUAUAGGGAAAUAUAUCGUGUGGGCGAUAAGUAAACGAGUGGGGGGAACGGAAAAAUAAAUUAAAAAAAAAAAAAAGAGAUAGAAAAAGAAAGAGAGAGAGAGAAACAAACAAACAAACAAACAAACAAAUAAAAAAAAAAAUUACGAACGAAAUAAAAAUAUUUCAAGAUGAACAAAAUGGAUUACAUGGAAGUGACUUCUCCAAAUUACUCGUACGUCUUUAAUUUCGAAGAAAAGUUUAUGCAUCAGGAUACAAGAGCAUGGAUGUUGAAACAUUGGACAAGUGCAUUUUAUUAUUGUGGUAUAUAUAUGAUAUUAAUUUUUGGUGGUCAACAUUACAUGGCUAGUAGACCGAAGUUCGAACUACGAGGUAUACUCACUCUAUGGAACACCCUAUUAGCAUCGUUCUCCAUUAUUGGAUUCACCAGAACGGCGACUGAAUUCAUUCACGUGCUCAGGAAUCAUGGACUUUAUUACAGUGUUUGUAUACCAAGUUUCAUCGUUCAAGACCGAGUGUCGGGCUUUUGGACAUGGAUGUUCGUGUUAUCGAAGUUACCGGAGCUAGGUGAUACCGUGUUCAUUGUUCUACGUAAACAGCCAUUGAUAUUUUUACAUUGGUAUCACCACAUAACCGUGUUGCUAUAUUCAUGGUUCUCAUAUACGGAAUACGCGUCAUCGGCAAGAUGGUUCAUCGUAAUGAAUUAUUGCGUUCAUUCGUUGAUGUAUAGCUAUUACGCAUUAAAGGCUAUGCGUUAUUCGCCACCAAAAUGGAUCUCGAUGCUGGUCACGGGAUUGCAAUUGUCACAAAUGGUGAUGGGCUGUGCCAUAAACGUGUGGGCUUAUCAGUACCUGAAACAAGGACAGUCGGAGUGUCACAUAUCACGAUUAAACAUCAGGCUUAGCCUGGCUAUGUACUUCAGUUAUUUCGUCCUAUUCGCACAGUUCUUCCACAAGGCCUAUUUGGGCAGAGACUCCACGAGAAAAUCUAUGAAGAAGUUAUAUACUAACGGUAUGAUUACGGCGUCUUCGUCUACCACGUCUAUGACGAUGGAAGACCAUAUGGUCGUACCAACGAAAUACGCGAAUGGUAAACUGAAGGAAAAUUAAGAAGGCAACAACAAAGAAGAAGAAUUUCAGAGAAGAAAAAAAAAAGAAGAA